CUUUGAGCUAGGGUUUCAACUGACCUUUAUUAUACGUGUACACAUAUAUCGAAUACUACUCUGAGCGCCUUUUGAAACGCCGCCGCUCAGAGAGACAGGGAGAGAGAGGAGAGAGUGAGAGAGAUCAUCGGAAAUGGUGACUUACAAGUUCCAUCAGUAUCAGGUGGUCGGAAGAGCUUUACCGACGGAGAGCGAUGAGCAUCCCAAGAUUUACCGGAUGAAGCUUUGGGCUACUAAUGAAGUUCGCGCCAAAUCCAAGUUCUGGUACUUUUUGAGGAAGUUGAAGAAAGUGAAGAAGAGCAAUGGUCAAAUGCUUGCUAUCAACGAGAUCUUUGAGAAAAAUCCUACGACAAUUAAGAACUAUGGCGUUUGGUUGAGGUACCAGAGUAGGACUGGAUAUCAUAACAUGUACAAAGAGUACCGUGACACCACUCUGAAUGGUGCUAUUGAGCAGAUGUACACUGAAAUGGGUUCUCGUCACAGAGUUCGUAACCACUGCAUUCAAAUCAUAAAGACUGCCACCAUUCCGGCCAAGCUCUGCAAGAGGGAGAGCACCAAACAGUUCCACAACUCCAAAAUCAAGUUCCCGUUGGUUUCCAAGAAGGUUAGGCCACCAAGCAGGAAGCUGAAGACAACAUACAAGGCAUCCAAGCCUAACUUGUUUGUGUAAUUUGUUUUGAAGAAGCAAAAGAUAUUAUCUUGAUGCAAUUUUUUUUUGCUUUAGUGACCUAGUGUUUUCAGUAUUUAAUGCUUGGAUGUUUUUUUGGUAUUGAGAUGGUUUCGCAUUUAGGAUCAGACAUAAAUUGAUCUCUUACUGUUCUAUUAUUAUGGUUGAAAGUUUUUGUGCUUCA